GUUAAAUCUUUCCUCCUUACUAUUAGUCCGAUGAUCUUCCUGGCAAGUUUAAAGUAUCGGAGAUAUUAAAUCAUGCUGCCGUUUAUUCUCUUUUCGACGCUGCUUUCUCCCAUAUUUACUGAAUCUGAGAAGCAACAGUGGAUCUGCAACUCCUCCGAUGCAAUUAUUUCCUAUAGUUAUUGUGAUCACAUGAAAUUCCCUGUUUCAAUUAGUUCUGAGCCCUGUAUAAGAUUGCAGGGAACCAGUGGAUUUGUGCAUCUUGAGUUCAUUCCAAGAGGAAACUUAAAAAAUUUAUAUCUCAAUCUAUUCAUCAAUGUCAACUCCGUAGAGUUGCCGAAGCGCAAGGAAGUUGUUUGCCAUGGAUAUGAUGAUGAUUAUUCUUUUUGCAGAGCUCUGAAAGGAGAGACUGUGAAUACAUCAAUACCAUUUUCCUUCAAGGGAAUACUAUUUUCUAAGGGCCAUUACAGAUGUGUUGCAGAAGCUAUUGCCGGGGAUACUGAAGAAAAGCUCUUCUGUUUGAAUUUCACCAUCAUUCACCCCCGUAACAUCAAUUAGAAUAUAUUGAGUACAAAAGCA